AUGUCCGCAACUUGUUUGGGCUUGGAUCGCAAUCAGACAAAUGAUGCUCGAGAUUAUUAUAGACAGGUUCUGUUACCAUUUACACAAGUUUUCAAUGUAGUUCAUGGCUAUGCUUAUAUAACUCUUUGUAUUUUGGGUGUUUUUGCCAACAUUUCAAUUGUUGUUGUAUUACUACGUCCGGCUAUGAGAAAAAGCCCAUUUAAUCUAUUUCUGAUAAUGAUAGCUGUUUGUGAUGCAACCUUAAUGGCAACCUAUCUCAUAUAUAAACAUAUAGAAUUCUGUCAUCCAUUGUUUUUUACUCACACUUUCAUUGUUUAUACGAAAUUUUAUGCUGGUUUAUCUGUGUUUGUACAUAGUACAAGCCUGUGGUUAACUGUUAAUAUGGCCAUUCUAAGAUAUCUUGUUCUUUAUCGUGGAAGUCGAUCAUCUUCACGAUUGCCACCAUGUAAUGGAUUCCCAGCUGCUAUUGUAGCUAUCGUUAUUGCGACCAUUAUAGCAUUUGUUGGAAGCUUCCCAAAUAUGCUUCGUUAUGAGAUAACAAUGAAAGACAAGAGGAAGCUUCCAUCAGAUUGUCUGAUUGGCCCAUACGCUCAUGAUUGGACAGCUAAUGAUGAAAUUUAUGAAUACGGCCUAGACAAGCCAGACUGGUAUGGCUGCCGAUGGGAAAGGUUCAAUUUCUGGAUGGCAGCAUGGGUUUUAAAGCUAAUACCUUGUAUAUUACUUACUGUGUUCAUGACGCUUCUUGUGAGGAUGCUUAUUGAAGCUCGUGAGAGAAGAUCCAGGCUGUGCGGGGGCAUGUCAACCGGCAACUCACAGGCAGAACGAACAACUGCCAUGCUAACAAUCAUAGUGGCGGUUUUCCUGAUAACUGAGUUACCGCAAGGAAUUAUUGGUUUUGCAGCAGGUGUUAAUCCUCGACUUAUUGUUCUAACAUAUCAUUUAAACAAUUUCUUUGAUUUAUUGUCACUUAUAAACAGUGCUGUCAACUUUGUUCUCUGCGCUCUCAUGUCUCAUGUCUUCCGGAGAGAAUUCCUUCUCACUUUCGCAUCGUGUUGUCCCCAGUCUAGUGAAAGUCACAGCGGUGCUCCAACAAUAACCACUCAUUCUAGCGUACGUCAAAUGUGGAACUCACUAAUCUCGAGAAUAGGCAACAAAAACGGUUUUGUUCAAGUACCCACUGCUUCUCCAGAAGACAAAGCUCAAUCGCUAUGA